AACUAGAACGCUUCACCAACCUUUGAGAAAAAUUCAGUUCGUUUUCUAAUUUGUGAAAGAUGACACACUAUACAAUAAACGAGGUGACAUCAGAAAAAUCCGAUGUAACAUUUCGUGGAAUACCUUAUGCUGACGCCGAUAGGACCGGACAUUGGAGUAUAUGGGCGAUAUCAUUACUCUUUCAAGCGAACAGAGCCGUUAGUAUGACGAAUUCCUUCAUGCAUAUGAACAAAUUGCUCAUGAAAAACGUCGGGCAUGUAAUAACAAAACAGAUAUUAGACAUCAACCCAUUGCUUUAUAGAUACACAUACAAGACAUCUAUCAAGUUGAGAUUUAAAAUGGAAAUGAAGGAGAUUGGAAACUCUUCCAUCAUCUUCAGAACUGGUCUAUACGACGAAGAGACCGGUUUAAAACUUGGUCAGAAUGUACUUAAGUUUGUGCAGAUCAACACAGAGACCAGGAAGUCAUUGCCAUUUCCAGACUGGUUUCAAACAAGUUUGUCUCACUUGAAAAUGACCGAGAAUUCAAAGUAUACCAGCCUGAACAGAGCCACCCUUCCUGAAACACCUAAAAACUGUUUCCGAUGGAAAUUUAUUGUUCGUUACAGUGAUCUUGAUAGAAACAUGCAUUCUAAUCAAGCCACUUACUUGAAACUUUUCAUGGACUGUGCUACUAAAGCAUCCACAUCAGGAUAUUAUCGCCAUUUUAAAACCGAUAUGUGUUGGUUUAAUGUGGAACAUGUCUCUAUUAAUUAUAUCGGUGAAAGUUUUGUGGAUGACGAACUUGAGGUUCAUACCUGGCAAGAUAAUUUGGAAGAUUGUAAAAUAUUCUUUUCGUGUUGUAAAGACAAAAAACGGAUUACCUUCGCAGAGUUUAGAUAUGGUUUAGAAAGAACUAAGCUUCUUUCAUCUCCAAAGUUAUAGCUUCAUGCAUCAAUGAACACACAACUAUAUGUAAUUGGAUAACUUCUUAUAUACUAUUCAUUGAAUAUAUUGGAUUAUAAUCAGUUCAAUCUAACUGAUAAUAAUAUGUUUAGUGCUCAGUCAAGAAUUAAGUUCUGCCAUGCAAAUUAUGCAC